AGGUGAUGGGUCCAUUUUCGAGGGGAACGGCGACGGUUCUCGUCUUCGCGCUCUUCGCCCUCGCAGCAUCAUUGCGAGUACGAAGAGAAACGAGGGGUACCGAGAGCCUGUUGACAGUGGAAUGGGAAGGAAUACAGACAGGCGACCACCCCGACACGGAUGUGAAAGGUUUUCUGGUAGAAUACCGUGCCGAAAAGGACAAACAUUGGAUGGUCCAUUCGGGCAUUAUCCCCUACAAAGGACCGAAUCACCAGUACCGAGUGCAGAUUCCCAAGCUACCCACUGGAGUUGCUUACUUUGUUCGCAUCAAAGUGCUCGGCGCUCACAACGAGAUCCUCGUCGAGACCGCGGAGAUUCGAGCCCGGAACGAAAUCGUGUCCAUCAAGUGCGAAAACGACGAUUUGACUGCACCAAGGCAUUUGGAAGUUACACAUGAGGGACAGUAUUCGCUCGCAAUCAAGUGGGAUGCUCCUGAGUGUGGUUCGAUUGGAGAAUAUCAGGUUGAACUCAUCGGUGAGGAGUCACCGUUCGAUGUACAUCGUCAGACGGUCACGCAACCUCAUGUCUCUGUCACAAAUCUUCUGCCAUCCACCAGCUACACAGUCAAGAUCCGCGCAGUAGAUCGUCAGCGCAGAAUCGGACCAUGGAAUGCCGAUCUCCUUCAAGCAAAAACCAAAGGAAAUCCUGUGCCCGUUUCCAACCGAAUUCGUCUUGUAUACAAAACUGACUCUGAUCUCCGUAUAUCAUGGGAUCCCAUAGACGACGAACGAGCACAACAUUACGAGGUGAUGGCAGUCGAAGUGUUGCCAGAAUCACGACGUGUUGAACGAGCUCGUGUUCCACCUUAUGUGUCAGGACAUACAUUAGCUGGAUUGCUACCAGGCACUAAAUAUCUGAUUGGUGUUGUGGCUUUCGUCGAUCAUGAGCCAAAACAGGUUUACAAUCUCGAAGCCGAAACUGGCCAUACAUCCGAUAUGGAAAGCUGGGCCGAAAAGCCACAAGUCAUCGAUGAUGGCAGCCGACACUUUACCAUUCGCUGGCAACUUCCUCCCGUUGGGAGAGGUAUCAAAAAGUUCGUGGUGGAGUACAAACUACCCAAUGAGACAUCAUGGAGGACCACAGAGAUCACGGACGCAGAAAAAGGAAUGAAUGAAUUCAGUAUCAUGUUACCAAGCUUGGCAGAUGCAUCGCUUUACACUGUUCGAGUUGUAGCAAUCGGACAGAAUGAAGAGAUGGUCACCCGAACCGAUGAGGUUACGGUAGGAGCGGCAGCAGCAAACGCGUGCGUUGGCCCUGCUGGAGUUCCUGAAGAUGUCGCCCUAGAUUCAGCGGAACCAACUGUCUUGCGGUUUACCUGGCUCAAACCCAACUGCGACGAGAGCGUUGCUCCUAUUGACGGCUACGAAUACUUGAUCCACGAAGUCGACCGGCAACCUCCUCCCGCCUCGUAUGUGGGUGGCACAGCGGUCGCUAUUCCCGAUCUUCGACCAUCUACCAAAUACGCGUUCCGAGUUAGGUCAAGAAAUGCCAAUGGACAUUCUCCGUGGAGCGAGACUAUCCAUGUCGCCACCGAAGCUGAAGGAGCAGCGUUGACUGAUCUUACCAAACUAAUCAACACUAAUAGCCAUGUGCAAAUCUGGAAAAGGAGCAAACGUCAGGCGAAGCACUCCAUAACAGAUGGAAAUAACUUUUACAAAGUCCGUGUCGUACUGUCGCCACCGAAGGUGUACCUCGUUUGGACUCCACUAUUAGAGCACAUUAACCGCGUUGCGUAUUUCAAAGUCGCCUAUAAGGAGCGAGCGGGCACCAAAUGGUCGAGGGUGGUCGGACCUCCGAACCGAUUUCGCUGCCCCGGAGAUGUCGGCGCCGAUGCCUUCGACUUCUGUUUCCCGCUAGAACAUCUCUUCUUUGGCGUGCACUACUUGAGCAGAGUCUCCUACAAUCUUACCAAUGGAGACGUAGUGGACGGAGGAAGCACUCUUCACUUUUCUCUCUUACAAUUGGAAGGAGUACAACAACAUCCACGUUUCCAAGUUACUAUCACACAACCCCGAAUCGAGCAGCAAGGACAUCGCAAUGAUGCUUACUGGUCCACCACUGGAGAUACCUCGCAAUUGCUUGGCUACCAGGUUGACAUUCGACGCGACGGAGACCGUGACUGGCAUGAGCAUGGAUCCCUGAUCCGCUCAGAACCAUCCCAGGUCCACUUCCGUCAAUCCUUAGGGACUGUACCGGUUGCUACUUACUACUUGAGAGUUAGAGCUGUGGACAGUAGUAUGACUACGGUAGCUACGUCUCCCAGCACUAGUUUCUCGGUUUCUUGUCAAGCUCCACCUUCGCCUGAAAAUGUUCGUCUCGAUCGUGUAUCGGAUGACUACGUCCGUAUGUCAUGGACUUUCCCUAAUGAGGAUCCAGCUUGCCAAACCUUCUUCUUCAUCACUGGUGUACAGAAUGGUGUCCCUAUCAACGAAAGAGUGCCAGGAUCUGAACGUAGUUACGAUAUCAAAGGUCCAGCCAGAGGAGAUUGGCAAGUGGAGGUCCGUGCAGUGAAUUCAGAAGGAUCAGGACCAUCUUCGAGAGAAGCUGUUUUUACUAGCGCUCAGCAAUCGCUUGUCUCUGCCCCAAGGGUAACAGCCCGGGGAAAUGAUUUGCACGUUGAGUGGAGGAGCGAAGGUGAUGGCAGGGGUGUUUUCGGCUAUCGCCUUCAGUUCCGAAGUGAAAGUUCUGGAUGGAAUCCGUAUGGCCAAGUUGUGCCCUACGUUGGGGACAAUCAAGAAUAUUCACAGAUUUUGACUGGACUUCAAAAGGGACAUACCUAUUCCGUACACAUACAGGUCUUGGAUCGAAACUCCUAUGUAAUGUAUGUGAGUCCCGAGGCAUCAGCUAAAAGCGUCUGUACCGCUCCCUCACAUCCGCCUUCACAUCUUCAAGUCCAAGCACCGGAUGCUUCCCACGUCCGUGUUCAUUGGGCAGUUCCAGCGCAAAGCACUUGGGGAUGUGCAGAUAUUUCGUACGAGAUCGAGGCUGUUGAACCCCGUGGCGUUCAGCCUGUAACCGUAGCUGGAAGUCAAACAAACCACAUCUUCGCAAGUCAGCCGAACCAGCAAUGGUCUGUGCGCAUCCGAGCUGUAAACUCAGCUGGACAUUCACCCUGGACGCCCACAGCGGAAGUGCGAACUCCUCCUGGAGGGGAACUGAUCGUUGGUCCAAAUAUCGCAUACAGGCAGGGCAAACCCAUCAUAACGUGGCAAGUACGAGAGAAUGUCGAAGAUUUGAUUGAAAGCUUUGUUCUCGAAUGGAAAGCAAUAAAUGAGAGAGACUGGCGGCAGCAUAGGAACCCGAUUCCCUUCUCUGGGUGGCAAAGACCCUACUCUGUUGACCUCGGAGAACUACCCAAAGGUCACACAUACCAGGUCCGAAUUGUCGUCAGAGACAUGAAUCGUGGCAUUGCUUUCACGUCUCCAGUUGUGCAAGUACAAACCCAGUCCGCCUGUCAAACUCCCCGUCGAGCCCCUACGAAUCUGCAAGUGUCCCCUAUUGGGCCCACACAGAUUAGGCUCACCUGGGCUCCAUUGCAUGAAAGCGAGUGGAACUGUGAUCGACUCUGGUACAUCGUGAAGUACAGCACACCUAAAAAUCAAGGAUUCAAAAACUUGACCCAAGGAGAGAAUUCUGUGGUAUUCGAGUCGGAUCCUUAUACUAAAUGGAACUUCGAAGUACAGGCUGCCAAUCCUGCUGGAGAGACGGCAUGGUCACGAACUGAAACAGCGCAGACUCAGGAUGCUUCUCCGGGACCUGUACAAGAUCUUCGCGUUCAGGUCGUUGGACCAGAUAGUCUGCAAGUCAGUUGGAGACCUCCCAUCAAUCCCAACGGCUUGAUUACUCAUUAUGAAGUGACUUAUCACCUGAUCAGCAAGGGAAUGUGCGAUCAACAACAAGAGAUGCCAAGAACGAUUUCUGUAACAACACCACAUCAUGUCAUCACCGGGCUCCAUCCUCAUUCGAGAUACAGGGUUUCUGUUGCCGCAAGAACUACCAUAGCCGGCGAACGAGUGUCGCACGAAGCUCAGACCGAUCAGUCCGUUCCAUCUGCUCCGCCUGUUUAUCUCAGAGUGGAAGAAGCUAAAGAAUCUGAUGCCAGCAUCAGCUGGCAAGCACCUCCUUGUCUUCUGACGAACGGAGAGAUCACUGAGUAUGAGUACGAGGUCACCCCAACCGAUCGCCGGGCUGCUCAGCAGAGAAUUGCGAACAUUGUGCGCGGAACUCGGACCCAAAUCACAAAUCUUCAGCCAUAUACUCGCUAUAAUGUGAAGGUUCGAGCUUAUACCGGUCGUGGACCUGGCCCAUGGUCUCCAGAAGUAGCAUUCCAGACCGCAGCUGCACAGACCGUUACUCCCCCACCAUUCGUGAGAGUGAUCAACACUGGAGCUGAUAAUGCUCAUCUGGUAUGGCAAUCGGCUGAUGCUGGCGGUGGUUAUGUUGACAAGUACAAGUGCAGAUAUUCACCAGUAGGCACUCAACAGUAUCAGGAGCGGCAAUUCCCAGCAGUCAGUCCAUGCCAGCCAAGAGUGCUAGAACGACAACAACUGCCGGUUACACCACCUGGGACACGAUUGCAUUGUGGAAGGAUUGAUAACCUGAAACCGGAGCAUACCUAUGACUUCCAAGUCGCAGCCCACGUUAGAGAUGGCGGUUGGUCACAGUGGUCCCAGCCAGAAAGAACCAGGGUCACCGAUGAAGCCGUACAAAUCCUGACCAUCGACAAAAUCGGUGGUACGGAGAGCUCGCUGGCCAUCUCAUGGACGGUGAGACCGACAGACCGUAACCGUGUGUCAUCGUUCCGUCUCCAUAUCGAGCCUGUCGAUGGUUCAUCGAGGCCCCAAACAUUCAAUGUUGAUCGGGCGACUUAUCAGUACAGAGUUGAUGGUCUUCGACCUCGUACCCAAUACAAUGUGACGGUACAAGCAGCCACAGAUACGGAACUUUGUGGGGGUACAACAGUAACCAUGUGGACAGACGCUGCCCCAUUGACAGCACUAGCCAUCGCACCUCGUGUCAUUGCUGAAGAAGCCACUUCAGUCACAAUCGAAUGGGAUAGCAGAAAUCGCGAAGCUGGCGGUUUCAUCGUCGAGUAUCGCCUAGAAGGCGGUGCCUGGCAGCAGUACCCCCGUCGUAUACCGGCUCAUCCAUCGCAAACGACGUACACCGCCACCGUCGACGGAUUACCCACCAACAACGUUGUGGACCUCAGAGUUAGGGUUACCUCGCAGCAGAAUGAGCAGUCGAAUCCGUCACCGGAAGUGCGAGCGCGUACCAAGUGCAGUCCUCCAGCGAAUCCACCACAGGGCAUCCGUGUCGAUGCUCCAUCUACCAACGAAGUACGCGUAUCAUGGUCUCGACCAGCUAAAGAUACCUGGAUGUGUGAUCAGAUGAAUGUUGAGAUUAGCUAUCGCAUCGGAAACGAACCUGAAAAGAUCCUACCUGUUCCUGGAGAUCAGACCGAGUACACCUUCCCAGCUGAACCUAACCAACGUUGGGUGAUCAAGCUGAGAGCCACAAAUCAAGUUGGAUCAAGUCGCUGGUCUGCUGAACAAGCGGUGACAACUCGUCAAGGAGCACCCGGAUCCGUGCGCGACUUGCGCGUCAAGGCGCUAUCCCCCAACGAAGUGCAUGUGCAAUGGCUAGCACCACUUGUACAAAGAGGAACGAUUGUCGGUUAUGACAUCAGCUACAGACUCAAACAUCGUCUCGCAUGCCCAGAAGAGGAACCCCGCGAUGUGUCCCGAGAUUUUGUUACCGUCUACAACCAUAAAGAUCUUGACUACACCAUCACGGGUCUUCUACCGUACUCCCUCUAUGAGGUUCGUGUUCGUGCUCGUACGACUGAACUUGGUCCGGAAGAGAUGAAGGAAGUUUCAACGGAGCAGCAGCCACCAUCGUCACCACCCCUAAAUCUGGAACUAACCUAUGCCUUGGAACGUUCGUUGUCAUUCCAGUGGGAGCCGGUGGAUUGCUCACAGCGACAUGGCCACAUUGUCAAUUAUGAGUAUGAGAUUCUUGGUCAAGAUGACUGGGCUAAACUCGAACGUCAAAUUGCCAACACUUCCGACACGAAGAUUACCAUCGAUGGCCUAACACCCUACACUAAAUACGUGAUGCGUGUCAGAGCUUACAACAGCAUUGGAGGAGGCCCGAACACUGAAAACCUGGAUGCAAUGACAUCCAAAGCCAGUGCUCCUCUACCACCACAAGAUCUGGUCGUUGCCCAGGAAGGAACUGACUUCUUCAUGGUGUCAUGGUUGCCACCUUAUCCACCUUACGGACCUCAUGACGCUUAUAAAAUUCGUUAUCAACUUUUGGGUGCAGAUAAAUGGAUCGAGAAGCAGCAUGGAGUUAAGGAUCCAGAGCUGCAAUGUCCAUCGGAAAGUCCAAGAUUUUGCUAUAACGUUACCGGACUUGAACCAGGAAAUCAGUACAAGGUCCAAGUUGCCACCAGAAUCGAAGGAGGAAGCUACGGUCCAUGGUCAUCUCUGGUCAUCGCCAACACCCUACAGAUCCUUCCAGAUGCUCCACGAGCCAUUCAUCUGAUUGAGAAGACCGACCACUCUCUUCACAUCCGCUGGGUACCUCCAAUCGACCCCAAGGGCCACAUCAGCCAAUAUCGCGUCUCAAUCGUCUCCCUUGAUGAUCCCAGAGAUGAGAGACAAAGUCACCUCGUUGAUCACCCAACUCUCACUUACCUGUUUGACAAUCUCAAGCCAGAAACCUCCUACAAUGUAUCCAUCGCAGCUGGAUCAAAGCGUGGCUUCGGAAGAGAAAUUUGGACCCGCUAUUCGACUGAUCACUUUGUCAUUCCGAUUGUUGUCUCUGCUCCUACUGUCACACCAGAUGGCGCUUCUGCGCUUGACGUGCAGUGGAAUGGAGUCUCGGACUCGCAGAACAGAGUGAAGGGAUAUAUCAUUGAAAUUAGGAACUCAGAUACUCCAGUCUGGCAAGAGAUUGGUGGUGUUAUCCCACAUGAUGCAGUGAAGAGGACAUAUCUCAAGAAGUUGACUGGUCUCGAUUCUGACACCUUGUACUUCGUUCGAGUCAAGGUUGUCGAUGACAAGCAGCGCGUAGGUGGUGCAUCUCCUGAAGCUCAAGGUCGAACUGGUUGUGCUCCUCCGACGUCCCCACCUUCGAAUGUCAACCUUGCAUCGCCUUCAAAUAUGCAGGUCCGAGUCAGCUGGCAAGCUCCAGUGAAGGGCUCUUGGCUGUGCUCGAAUAUUCGUUACAAGAUCGAGUACAUCAAUGGAACGCAGCCUCGUCAGCAGCUAGAUCUGCCAAGCUCUGCAAUCGAGCAUGUCUUCGACUCACCAUCGAACACCAAGUGGAAGGUCCGCAUUCGCACUGAAAACGAUGCUGGAGCAUCAGCAUGGAGUAACGAACUGGAACUCACUACGCCAGAAGGUGCACCUGGUGCUGUUACUGACCUAACAGCCAUCCCAACGGGACCCACUUCGAGUGAAGUUACCUGGAGACCUCCAGCUAAUCCCAACGGGGUCAUCACAGGCUAUACGCUUGUGUACAACCUCAAAUCAAUGGGAGAAUGUGGUCCCAGAAGUUCAACUCCCAUCGAGAAACAUGUACGAAGCGAAACACAAGUUCUCGAUGGUCUUCUGCCAGAUUCCACCUACGAAGUUCAUGUCAUCGCCCACACCUCCCAGGCUGGUCCGCAGUCUAAGACGGUGAUGGUCACAACUGAAGAGGCCGCACCGACUGGACCACCAAAUAACGUCCGUGUCGGAUCCGUCACCUCAACCCGAGCCGAUGUCACCUGGUCCCAACCGGACUGCGAACUCCGCAAUGGCAAGAUCACUGGCUACGACUACGAGCUGCAAAGCGUCGACCAGUGGGGUGAGAAUGUCACGGCCUCAAAUUCGAAUGAGAGGCUCACACUGAACAAUCUCGUCCCCUACAAUGAGUACAGGAUUCGUGUACGUGCCAGCAACGCUGUGGGAGAGGGUCCAUUUUCCGAAUGGGUACGAUUCACCACCCAUCCAGCAGCGCCUCCAGCGCCAACAGGCCUUCAGGAAGAGGCAUCGUUUCCACAUGCAGUCGAGAUCUCGUUUGAAGCACCAACUCCACCUCAUGGAAACCUAGACUACUACCGUAUUCGGCACACUCCUUCUGGACAGCUGAACUACAAAGAAGUCAGAGUUGAGGCCGAGCGUCUAGAGUGUUCCGACGCUGCCAAGAGGAACCGACUUUGCUUCCGAGUUCAUGACCUCGAACCCGAACAAGACUACGAGAUCGACGUCGCUGCUCACACUGAAGGAGGUGCUUGGUCAGACUGGUCAGAACCGCUCAGUGCACGAACAGAACAGCAACAGAUUCCUGUGCUUGAACGCGAACUAGAAGUGAUCGACACCAAGCCUGAUGCGAUUACCCUCCGAUUUGAAGGAAUUCCUCAAGAUCAGGCCGCUCACGUCGUCGGUUAUGUGCUCGAGUACAAAUCUGAAGAUGAUGAUGAUUGGCAGGAGUACAACGGUGUAAUCAAACAUCGUAAGAGCACGAAUGACUAUAAGGUCAACGUCAGGAACCUGGAAACGGCUACCAACUACUUCUUCAGAUUGAAGGUUGUUGGCAAGAAUGACAAACGUGGAGCUCCUGGUCCUGAAACGAAGGCUAUGACAAGUUGUGGGCGUCCUGAACAGCCUCCAAGCAACGUGAAGCUUGAAAGUGUUGACUUCCAAACCAUGAAGAUCACCUGGACUCCACCAGAGGAAGACACCUGGAGAUGUGACGAUGUCGAGUUUAUCAUUGACUAUGUGAACACAACAUCUCGUGGAACAUGGACGGUACCCGUCGAUGGUCCCAGUGAAAUGAUCGUGCCAACAAUGCCUGGCACACGAUGGGAAGUGAAAAUGAAGACGCAGACCGUUGAAGAUGGUGGAAAGCCGCAGACUAGCAGAUGGAGUGAGAAGGCUACCCUUGUCACGCAAUCUCUGCCCGGAGAGUUGUUCGUCACUGUUGAGCCGAAAGGACCUCGGGAAGCGCUCGUAACCUGGGAUUUGCCGGACAAGGAUCAGAAAUGGAAUUAUGGAGUAGACAUUACCUACAAACUGAAACAGCUGGGUGGAUGUAGUGAGAGUCCUACUGGAUCACAUGAACCUAUCACCAAGUUGAACAUACAAGAAAAGCAGGUCCCAUUGGAAGAUUUGGCUCCUGGAAGUGUCUACGAGGUAACUGUCACUCCUCGUCGUCCUCCAUCACUCCAUUCCUCUAUCGUUGCUCCAAAGACUGUCAGAACUUUCAAGACAAAGAACGACGUCCCUACUGGACCUCCCAUGAACUUGCAGUCUACUGUCAGGAAAGAUUCCGAGCUGGGAUUCAAAUGGGAUGCUCCAGAAUGCAUCCACCAGAAUGGAAACGUUACCCAGUACGAAUUUGAGCUGGUUGGAAUGGACGAGUGGAAUGAAGGCACCAGAGAGGGUGUCACGCCAAGAACCAACACCAUCAUUGAUCAGCUUCAGCCUGGAUCGUUGUAUAGAAUGAAGGUUCGUGCUUACACAGGUGAAGGACCAGGUCCAUGGUCUGAUCCUUUGGAGAUUCGCACAACUGGAUCUGAACUUGGUCCUCCACGAGAGCUAACAGCUGUACAGACUAGGAGUAAUGCCAUUCAGCUUACCUGGUUACCUCCUUACCCGGAAAAGGCCGUUGUCACCGCUUACCGCGUUAGAUACAGUCCCAGAGCUGAUGACUCAAACCCUACCGAAUUCGAACUUUCCGGAGAUGAGUUGUCCUGUUCUGGAUAUAAGAGCCCUAUCAUUACUGGUGCCAACCUCUGUACAACUGCCAAGAAUCUUCAACCAUCUACCACCUACAGAUUUGCUGUGCAGGGACAGUCUGCAUCGGGAACGUGGGGAGAAUGGUCGAGCGAUUACUUCUCAACAACUAGAAAAGACGACAAUGAGCUACUUGGUGGCAGUUUGAAACUGCUUUCAGCUGGUCAUGACAAUCUCAAGGUCAAAUGGACCCCUCCAGCUGUAAUUGGGGACAAGAUUGACAACUAUCAACUCUUCAUCUCUGUGGCUAGCGAUAUCGAUCAAAAUCCAAAGAUGUUUACCGCGCCCGGUUCGCAGACUGAUUACCAUUUCAGGCAACUCGAGCCUGUGACCCAAUACAACGUCACUGUUCAAGGUCUUUCCGGUGGAAAUAAGCUAUGGUUUAUCUCUUCUGUAUUUGCCACUACGGACUUUGCUGAGGGUCUGCUCACUUGGUUACCGGCUCCAACUGAUUUGCAUCUGAUUGAGAAGUCAGAUACAAUGCUGCACGUUGACUGGGAACCACCAGAGAUCUUUGACGUUGAACAGAGGGAACUGCUAACCCAUUAUAGAGUGACAAUCGCUCCAUUCGAUCCUCGUACCGGUGUGACAGGCCCGAAAAAGAACUACACUGUGCCGGUUCCUGGAAACUCCAUUAAAUUCGAAGGUCUCAACCCGGAAACUGUCUACAACAUUACCGUCCAAGCUGGUACCAACUCCGGUUACGGUCAUGUUCUAUGGGGAACAUACAGCACAUUAGCGCCUGGACAAAGACACAUUAUUCGUCUGCUAAACAGGACACCUACGACUCUACAUGUGGAAUGGGAGCCAGUAUGGGGACGUAGUCAUAACGGCUAUGUGCUUACCGCUCGUUCACUCCAUUCUGUCUACAAGAACGUUCGCAUCAACCAAGUGAAGACUUUCGAAGUUGAACCUUGGGAAUCUGACUAUGUCAUCCGUGGACUCCAUCCUAGCACGGUCUAUAAUGUAACCCUUAAACCUAAGGACCACAAUGAGGUUGCAUGGGGAGCUUAUGCCACUCUACCACCCGGCUGGUUCCUUGUGAAAAAUUUGAAGCAAUGCGAUAAGACCAAUUAUGCCGUUUCGAUGAGCUGGGAACCAGUGGAGUUGAACAUGGCAUCGGAUUAUCAGGUCCGAUAUAUCCGCCUGAAAGAUAAUGAGGCCAGCUGGAACGAAGAACCUGCCAGAGAGGCCAAAGAACUUCUUUGUCCUAAGGAUGGUUGUGGUCGACUAUGCUACCUCGUCUUCAAUCUACCACACAAUCCAUCUGAAUACAUCUUCCAGGUUCGAGCCAAAGUUGAGGGAGAAUGGAACCAUUGGAGAUCGGCUCCGAAGAAAGUGAUCACCGGAGAAACAGCGGAGAUCCGUCGAAGCUGUUGCAUUGUGCCUCCACCGUACAUGGUUGAGAACAUUGGAAGUCCGGGAUCAUGGUGGGAAGUGGACGUAAGCCCCGCAGCUACAGAAAAAGACGUCACUCGGUACUAUGUGGUCGUCGACGAACGAGAUCCUCCUGGAGAGUCGAAUUGGACAGAACUUACGGACAAGGUCACUGCAAACAAGAUGAAAAUUCCAUAUUACGUUGCCGCCUCCUACGACAUCAACACCUUGACGGAGCCAAGAAAGGUGCGCAUCGGUGAUGGGCAAGUGAUCGGCGGCUAUCUGAACUAUCCGCUAGUGAAGGGCAAGAAGUACAAUUACGAGGUGUACACGGUGUGGAAUGUGACCGGUGUGCCGGUGGUAGGAAGGAGUAGAGCCUCUCCCUACCUCGCAGCGGGCUGGCCGUGGUGGUGGCUCCUGCUCCUGCUCCUGCUGCUCCUACUACUAAUCCUACUCUGCUGUUGUCUGCUCUGGUGCCUCCAAGGCCGUUAUCGAACUCGUAAAGAGCAUAGACGACUCGUAACAAACGGACAACAUGUUCCGCUGCUUGAAGAGGAGAAACCAGCAAUGGAAGCGAAUUUGCGCUCGCUCGAGUCGCGCCUGGACAAAAUGCGAGGCGCCGUCGAUGGCCGAGCUCGAGGCGACUUCGAGGAUGGUUACAUGAAAGGCUACAAAGAUGCGAACAAACUCGGAUCGGCUACCGCUGCCAGAAGGAGAAUGGAUGAUGAUUACGGUACCAGAGACGACCGCUUCCACGAGGGUUAUGUGAAGGGUCUCAAGGAUGCGGGAAUGACGGGAAUGUCCACAUCUAUGCAUAAUCUAGCCCAACGUGGAGCUGGAGGUGGCUACUCGAGCGGAUUCAUGCAGGGAUACAAGGAUGGCAAUUCGGGCAUUUUUGGAGAUCGUGUAACACCGUCGUUAAUCUCUCGUCUCGAUGAGCAAUAUGCUGGCCAAGAUGACUUCAAACAAGGCUACGUUGAUGGUUUCAAGGAAGGUGCUGCCAGCCGUACUGGGGAAAGAAGAACAUUCGAAGACUCGCGUCGCCUUCAGCAAUCUCUGACAGAAUUGACCGAAAGGUUGACAUCUCUUGAGAAGACCAAAGGAGAUGAAAUUCACUCUACGAAGAUCUAUCACGUUUAUAACCAACAGCCUGAAACCAUUGGGUAUGCCUCAAGUGGACAGCAGUUAGCUCAAGAACUCGAGGAAAUCAAUAGCACAUCUCGUAGGAGCACUCUUAGAAGACAUUAUACACCGGGAGACUACUUGAGAUAUGCCUCCGAGGGCGAGACCUAUGGAACUCUCGGCCGAAAUCGUCGUUCACUCUCUGCAUCUGCUCUCGGAAGAGACUCUGGGACGAUGGAGAGUCGAACGGCUGAGCAGCGUUCGCGACACGCGUCCGGCACCGGUUCGUCGUACAUCACGCGGUCGAUGGCCGACCGCCAAGGCACCGACACCUACUCGAAGCGCUACAACUACCGUAGCCGCUCGGACGUGGGCAGCCCGCGGCGAUACGCGAGUCAGACGCUGCUGGACGGCUCGCGACCGGGCCCGAGCACGCCGCAUGCGCGACGCGACGCGCUCAGCACCUUGCAGCGAGAGCUGGACACCCUGAGCCGUUCUCCGGACCGGUCCACCCCGCGAGGUUACACCUCCGACACCGCCUACGACACGGUCCGCUCGAAGGCCCGUGGAUACUCCAACUACGACUAUGACACCUUUUCGUCAAGUCGCCAACAUGAAAUUCGAACCACCGUCGGUGGAGCAGCCGGUGCUGCCGGCGGUGCUGGCGCGACUAGCGCCCACUCAGCCAGCAGGCAUGCUGGAAAAGACUCCACAGACGACGCAGGCAGAUGGGCCGACGACCUUCUCGAAAUCGUCUCGGAGCCUAUGAAUAAGACACUAGAUAGAAUGAAGAAGUACAGCAGCUCCUCGGCGAAUGUCGAAGCCGCUGGCCCGUCGACGUCACACGGCGGCGAUGCAAAAGAAAUCGUCGAAGAGAAAUACCAUAGGUCAUACAAGGAGGAGCAUUCCUCGGGAGGACGAUAGAGAUUCGGUGCUACUACAACAACGCGAGAGUGUGUGUGUUCGGUGAAUUCGGUGCUACGUCAUUUUUCGUCGCUUUUUCUGUCUUUUUUUUAUUUUCUAUCUCUCUUCACUUAUGUUCAGAUGUUCUCUAUGCUGCCAUAUGCUCUCACAGUUUUUGUUGAGUUUUUUUCUGAAGUGUACCUUUCAUUCAAAUCCUGCCUUGCUUGUUCACUUUCACUAUUUGUUUUGCAACGCGAAUUUUUGUAUUUUUGACUUUUAACGUUCGUAUCUUGUCCAAGUACGACAUACUAGCCAGAGACAUAUAUUUUUACGAUUUCACUCUCUUGAUUGUAUCAGAUCUAUUUUUUUUCUAGGAGGAGGACAUAUCAUAGAAAUCCCACACAUGCGGCCUGCAGACGUGAAUUUGCUCACUUAUAAAUACAUAAUAAAGCGUUUUUUGUAC